CCUAUACGGGCCCGAGGAUGGACAAUGGAAAGGCUGCUGUGGACCUCACAAGGUCCUCGCGCGAGCUUUACGUCUGGAGCGACCAUGUCAAAGUAGGCCUCUUUUGUCUCUACUCUUCCAUAGUGCUUGUCUCUGGACUGAUGCAACCUCAAGAGCGUAACCUACAGCUCAUUGAUCGGCAAAGGUGUGCGUCCCUCGACAAAUCAUCUUCUCUCAUCAGCCCACCUCUCAUCAAUGGCCGACAUGCUCCUGCCCAAGCUUUCUCGCUCUCCAUGCCCUUUAGGCGCGCGGAGCUGUCCUCUUCUCUGCCAAACGCCUUCUUGGCAGCUUUCCGCGCCGCCGAUGCUCUUGGCAACCCUUCGAAAAUUCCUUUACCCUACCAUCAGCCCACGGAUGUCAUUACUUGUCCGCCGCCACACGCCGUUUGCCAACUCGUCGAACACAUCAACGUGAAUAUUGAGCGAUUCGUCGAGGAGGAAGAGAAUCUUGCCAUUUUCAACGAGGUGACGCUCUGUGCAACAACAGAGGCGAGGCUCUGUCUGCCUGAGCAGCAGAUCGACAAAGAAGAUCUCGUGGCUCCUCAUCACGCCUGGGCCUAGUGAGUAUGUUGUCAGAGCAUGAUCCCUGCUCCGCUUAUUAUCGCUUCCAACCAGCCUUGGUUCGACGGCGUCUUUGCAAAUCUUGCCGAAAUUGGUCGACAGCGGGUCAAAGGAGAACGCUGCUUCUCGUAAAUUCAGCGGUGCGGCCACUUUGACGCUGCAUCAUGGCGACAUGGUCUACUUUCCCAAUUGGCUGGCGUUCCAAGAGCAGUACAAGGUUAUCGUGACGACAAAGGCACUUGGCAUCUUUGCAAUCUGCAGGCACGUCAUCCCGUUGCCAGAGUCUUAGGGC